AUAACAGUAUUAACGAAUCUUUAGACUGUGAAAUAAUAACUGAAACGCAUAAGAGACAUAUACAUCACAUGAGUUUAUUUCUAUCCGUAUCUGUUAUAAUAAUAAGUAACCUUUGCUUAGUAACUAUCGUGAAUUGAUAGUUGAUCGUAAAUUGCUAUGGAAACACUUUAUCAGUUGUGUUAUCGCACGACUGAUUGCUUUGUUGGCUCAUACUUGCAGGAGGUUACGGUUAUUGUUAAUACGGUUUCAACGUCACUGGAUCAAUCAGGUUUAUCAUGGGAAACGCAUUCUCUCCCUAUCUACAUAGACGAGAACUGGUAAACCAUCCCAAUGCAGAUUUACCUGCAUUACCAGCUGACUCAUCGUCUAAUAAACUGGAUAAAACUCUCGACCAAUACCUAAAAAGAGUUUUCCCUGACACACAGAGUUAUUUUGAAAAAAUGACAAAGAAAACAUUUACUCCAAGGUUUAAAGUUGGACAGUUAGUUACACUUGAAGUUACAAUACAUUUUCCAGGUAUUGUACAAGGCUUUUGGACUGCGGCAUCCCCAGAUAAACAGGAUCUUGCUGAAGCUCAACCACUCCAAACUCGAGAUCUUGCAAGUGCCACACCUAACUAUGAUCAGAAUCGCGACCAAAUAUCAGAUCAAACAACAAAAUAUUCAGUUCAAAAUAAAAGUUUAAAAGAUGCUAUAAAUUUGCUGGGAAUUGUAAUACUUUACAACAAAAAGCUGACAGAGCUUGUAGAGAAAACAUCAGAAUAUCCACCAAGACCUGCUUCGGAAGUUUUUAAAGAGGAUUUCAAAAAGACCAAGAAGCUUAAUGAGAAAUUUAUAAAUAAGCUUCGAAAUCUUAAAGAACAUUUGAUUAAGUAUACAUAUUUCUUGGAAGAAGUGUUUUUAUACUAUACAACUCUUACACACACUAAACUAGUAGAGUUUUCAACAUUAAAUGAAGAAAAAAGAUGUAUACAAAAAAUCGUCAAUCAAAUGAACCCAGAAGAAUUGCAUCAUCUGGUUCAUGAAGAUGCCAUUAUAUUUCCGGAACACGUUCUCAGUUUGGUGCUAGGAAUGAAUGAUUCCUUCACAGAUUAUCUGAGAGAACUGCCAACACACAUACGUCAUCAUCAGACAGAAAAGUACUGGGUGAAUAAUUUCAUAGAAAAUAACUCCUUUGAAACUAAUACAGAUAGUGAAAACUUGGACGAUGCUUUGAGACAUCUUGGAUUCACCGAAAACCGGUCACUUGUCUUAAAGAAAUGGCUAUCAGAAAAUCCAUAUCGAGACCAUCAGUCACUUCUCUAUUGGAUGGAAGCCUACAUUGACAACAUGUUUAGCUAUGACAUUUUACUUAACAGUUUUUGUCGGUACCCGUACAACCCGAACAUUGUAGAUGAAUGGCAAACAGUGACUGUCUCAAGAGACAACCCAGACGAUUCGGAUGAAGAUGUCCUAGAAGGUGAGGUCAACUAUAUCAACCUGACCAACUGUGAUCCGUAUAACCUACCACAGCAAGUUAGGGAUCACCUUAAAUCAUUGAACGAAAAAUGCCUUUUCUUCCACGGAACUUCUCAUAACCAUGCAGAUAAUAUUAUCCAAAAUGGUAUACAGCUAAAUGAGGGUUCUGGUUUUCAGGAUUUUUCACACAAUGAUGGAUUCUACAUAACGUCAGAGAUUGAAUAUGCACUUGACUGGGCCAAACGUAAAAACUAUUCUUAUAAAGUUGCCGUCAUUGUUUUCUACGUGGAUCCAGGGAUUUUAGCCAGGUAUACUCAUCUAGACUUGAGCAACGAUCACGAGAAGUGGACACACAUUAUAAAGCACAACAGGCGUGGUAGAGAUAGACGUCUGAACAUACCAAAACCAACGAUAAAGGAAUACAGAAAGGCAGACUAUGUUGAAGGUCCAAUGUGUUCCAACCCGAAGGAAGUAGGUUCGUCACAAGAGCCAAAGGGAUUUGGAAGAAAGGAGAAAAUACAAAUUUGUUUAAAAACAGAUCAUGUCACACGUUUGUUUGGAAAUAUCGGAUCGAUUAAUGCAGUGUUAUUCAUGUGAACAUAUUUGCAUUUUCUUACUUUAGUGAUAACUUACUGACCUAAAUACCACAUAAUGAUCGAAAUGGUUUGUUUGUUUGUUUUUUGAAGUUAAGCACAAAGCUAUACAAUGGGCUAUCUGUGCUCUGCCCACCACCGGCUAGUCAACAGUAUCCGUAGUAAACUCUUUGGUUAUUAUUUCCUGACUGAAUAGUGGGACUUACAGCACACCCAAUUUCUAGUGUUGUAAGUCCGCAGACAUACCGCUGUACCACUUCAGUGGUGGG